UGCUCCAUCAAAACCAAAGCGCUUUUUUUCACCCUCGACCGAGAGCUUUGCCUUCCUCCAAAUGUUCAAGUGCUGCGAGAGCGCGGUCACACUCGAUGGAAAGAGCCGCUCGCACCGCACCGCUCUCUCUCUCUCUCUAUUUCUCUCUCUCUUCUGAUUGAGAAGGAAAGGAAAAGACAGCAAGGCAUAAAGAAAGCCGAAUGAAGACCGAAGGAUCUACACGGAUUCGAGCCCAUAAUGUUGGCAUGGUGCAGAAGGAGCUCGGCUCAGCGGAACAUUAGAACACACCGAUCUCCGGAACCGUGCGCUGCGGAUGCGCUCGCUCUUGCUCACGGAUUACUGAAGCGCUUCACUUUAAUUUUGUUCGACUCUUCGUCGACUCGUUUGGACUAUGGCCUCGGCUCCCAGAGUGACGGGGGCCGACAAGUUUGGAGUUUUCCCCCCGAGCUCCACGCGCUCCGGUAACCCGGAGCUCCCCCGCAGACCCAGUUACUGCAAUGCCGCGUUUGCGCUCAAACAGAUCGCUAAGGGGAAGGCUGCGGGUCAGAAAGCUCCGCUGUGGCUCCGGGCAAGAUUCCAGGCUCUCCUAUUUACUCUGGGUUGUCAUAUUCAGCGACACUGUGGAAAAGUGCUUUUUAUUGGACUCCUCGUAUUUGGAGCCUUCUCGGUUGGCCUGCGCGUGGCCGCCAUUGAGACAGACAUUGAACAGCUAUGGGUGGAAGCUGGCAGUAGGGUGAGCAGGGAAUUGCGCUACACAAAGGAAAAGCAAGGAGAAGAGGCAGUGUUCACUUCACAGAUGCUUAUUCAGACACCCAAACAGGAAGGAACCAAUAUUCUUACCCAGGAAGCUUUGUUGCUCCACCUGGAGGCAGCUGUGUCUGCCAGCAAAGUCCAGGUGUCUCUUUAUGGAAAAUCAUGGGAUCUUAACAAAAUAUGCUUCAAAUCUGGAGUCCCAAUUAUAGAAAAUGUCAUGAUUGAGAGGAUGAUUGACAAGCUUUUCCCCUGCAUGAUUGUGACCCCACUGGACUGCUUCUGGGAGGGCUCCAAACUGCAGGGUGGCUCAGCCUACUUACCUGGAAUGCCUGACAUACAAUGGAUGAAUCUGGACCCUCUAAAGCUCAUGGAGGAAUUGAGCCAGUUCACCUCACUAGAAGGUUUUAAGGAGAUGCUGGACAAGGCUCAAGUAGGCCAUGCCUACAUGAACCGUCCCUGUCUUAAUCCCGGUGACCGCGACUGCCCAGUCAGUGCACCCAACAAGGACCUGCAGCAGAGUCCAGAUAUUGCUAUGGAACUACAGGGUGGCUGCCAUGGUUUCUCAAAGAAAUUCAUGCACUGGCAGGAGGAGCUGAUCCUAGGGGAACGUAUGAAGAACUCACAGGGUUUUUUGCAGAGUGCAGAGGCUUUGCAGACCAUGUUUCUCCUCAUGAGCCCCAAACAGCUAUAUGAACACUUUAAGGAUGACUAUGAGAUCCAUGACAUCAACUGGAAUGAGGAUAAGGCCACGGCCAUUCUGGAGUCCUGGCAGAGAAAGUUUGUUGAGGUGGUCCAUGGGAGCAUUCCCCAGAACUCUUCCUCUAAUGUCCACGCUUUUUCUACCACUACACUGAAUGACAUCAUGAAGUCCUUCUCAGAUGUCAGUGUCAUCAGGGUAGCAGGAGGUUACCUGCUCAUGCUGGCCUAUGCAUGUGUGACCAUGCUCCGCUGGGACUGUGCUAAGAGUCAGGGGGCAGUGGGACUGGCUGGAGUGCUGCUGGUGGCCCUGUCUGUAGCUGCAGGCUUAGGGUUAUGCUCUCUGCUGGGUUUGUCUUUCAACGCUGCAACUACACAGGUACUGCCAUUUUUGGCGCUGGGCAUAGGGGUGGAUGAUAUGUUCCUUCUGGCUCAUUCUUUUACUGAGACUGGCUCCAACAUCCCCUUCAAGGAAAUGACUGGAGACUGUCUCAGAAGGACUGGCACUAGUGUGGCUCUCACCUCUAUUAACAACAUGAUCGCCUUCUUCAUGGCAGCCCUAGUGCCCAUUCCUGCUCUUCGGGCUUUCUCGUUACAGGCUGCUGUUGUGGUGGUAUUUAAUUUUGCUAUGGUCCUGCUCAUCUUCCCUGCAAUUUUGAGCCUGGAUUUGCAUAGACGUAAGGACAAACGACUGGACAUCCUCUGUUGCUUCUACAGCCCAUGUUCCUCACGAGUAAUCCAAAUCCAGAGUCAGGAGUUCUCUGAUGCCAGUGAUAACCAAACCCACCGUCGUGACCCAGCCACUCCCACAUUUGCUGGUUCUACAAUCACUACCAGCACUCACAUCACCACCACUGUUCAAGCUUUCACCCAGUGUGAUGCUGCUGGUCAGCACAUUGUCACCAUUCUGCCCCCAACAUCUCAGAUCUCCACCAGCCCUCCAUCUGUGGUGCUGUCACCGCCAGACCCCAAACCAACUGCUGACCUUUAUGGCUCCCAGCUAUUCAUGCCCUCCAGCUCCACUCGGGACCUGCUAGCCCAAGCAGAGGAACCUCAACUGGGUCGUGAGUGCGUGCCUCUGCCUUUUUUGCAGUGGAACUUGCCCCGCUUUGCCCGAGAGAAGUAUGCACCACUGCUGCUAAAGCCUGAGACGAAGAUAGUGGUAGUUGUGGUAUUUGUGGCACUGCUCAGUCUUAGCCUCUAUGGUACCACCAUGGUCCAUGAUGGCCUCUACUUGACGGAUAUUGUGCCCAGGGACACAAAGGAGUAUGAUUUCAUUUCAGCACAGUUCAAGUACUUCUCUUUCUACAACAUGUACUUGGUUACAAUGGAGGAUUUUGACUAUGCCCACUCUCAACGCGAGCUCCUGCAGCUUCACAAUGCUUUCAACUCCGUUAAGUACAUCGUGAGAGACAGUAAUCAAAAACUACCCCGCAUGUGGCUCCACUACUUCCAUGACUGGCUUAGAGGACUACAAGCGGCAUUUGAUGCUGACUGGACAGCAGGCAGAAUCACCCAUGACAGUUACCGCAAUGGUACUGAGGAUGGAGCAUUAGCUUAUAAACUCCUCAUUCAGACUGGCUCUAAGAAAGAACCAUUCAAUUACAGCCAGCUGACAUCUCGUCGCCUGAUAGAUAAUGAGGGUCUGAUCCCACAAGAGGUUUUCUACAUUUACCUGACUGUGUGGGUCAGUAACGAUCCACUAGGCUAUGCUGCAUCACAAGCAAAUUUUUAUCCCCACCCUCAUGAGUGGAUCCAUGACAAAUAUGAUACCACCGGAGAGAACCUACGUAUACCAGCUGCUGAGCCUCUGGAGUUUGCCCAGUUUCCCUUCUACUUAAAUGGUCUUCGGCAGGCUUCAGACUUCAUUGAGGCCAUUGAGUGUGUGCGCUCAAUUUGUGAAGAAUUUAUUCACAAGGGCAUCCCAAACUAUCCCAAUGGAUACCCAUUCCUUUUCUGGGAGCAGUACAUUGGCCUGCGCCACUGGUUCCUGCUGUCUGUCAGUGUGGUGCUGGCCUGCACCUUCCUGGUGUGUGCUAUCCUGCUGCUCAACCUCUGGACUGCAGGCAUUAUUGUUUUUAUCUUGGCUAUGAUGACAGUAGAGCUGUUUGGCAUUAUGGGCCUGAUUGGUAUCAAGUUGAGUGCCAUUCCUGUGGUUAUCCUUAUUGCCUCUGUUGGCAUUGGAGUGGAGUUCACUGUGCAUGUUGCACUGGGCUUCUUGACUGCCAUUGGGGACAGAAACACACGCGCAUGUGUUGCUUUAGAGCACAUGUUUGCACCUGUGAUGGAUGGUGCAAUCUCCACUCUACUUGGAGUGCUCAUGCUGGCUGGCUCUGAGUUUGACUUCAUCAUGAGGUACUUCUUUGCCGUGCUGGCCGUUUUGACAUUGCUGGGAAUUCUAAAUGGCUUAGUAUUGCUGCCUGUUCUGCUAUCCAUCAUGGGCCCUCCAGCUGAAGUCAUUGUCGCCAAUAACGCCAACAGCCUCUCCAGUCCUUCACCAGAGCCUAUACCUAGGAUUAUGAACAACCAUGGCUACUAUGCUGGGCACAUCCCCAGAGCACCACGACAGGCCUUUACUGAAGUCUCAGACUCUGAGUACUACUCCGAAACAACCAACACAUCUGGGAUUGGUGAUGAGGACUACAAGCACUGUGACAGAAAUGUGUACAUAACAACACCUGCGCAGCCGCCACCUUCCCACAUACUGCUGGAGGCCAGCAAGAACCCAUCAUUUCCAAAGCUCACAGUUGUAAAACCUUAUAGUGAAAUUCCAUCUACAACAUGUCCAAAAGAUCCAAACAGUGAGACGGCCCAGAAUGCAGUAAAUUCCAUCAGUUCACAGAUCACACAUUGGGAUGACAAGCCGGAGUACCAGGGAUCUAGGCAACACCCUUUACCUAAUGACAGUGCAUAUUCUAAUGCGAGGACUACUUACUGUGGUACCAGGCUACAGCAAGGCAGAGGGCCACAGCAGAACAGGACUAAAGCUCUGCCCCAUGGUGGCAAUACACUGCAGCAGCCAAGCAACACUUUCACCAUGGUUACGGCCUCUGCCUCAGUAACCGUGUCAGUGCACCCCAAUCUGCCGGGGUCAUAUCAGGGUACGAUGCAGGAGGUCUUUGAGGAUAGCGUGUUGGACUCUUUUGAGAACUCUAAGAGGACUUCACAAACUUAUGGGAGAGCUAAUCAGCCUUCUAAGAGAGACUCUUUGCAACUACAAGAUCUGGAAUCCAUAAAUAACAACCAGCAUCAAGCUAAACAGGGUCUAGGUGGUACAUGGACCCAAACAGCCAAAGACUGCUAGACAGCACACAUUGUCACCCCCACAACCCCACAAACCCUUUGUCUGGAAUCUAUCUCUGGCUGUUUUGGGAGGUCCCUAUGCUCUGUCUUUCUGAACUGUACAUAAACCUCACAGAUAAGAGGAUUUAUUUUAAAAGAUUAAAAUUCUACAUUUAUAAAUAUAUAUUUUAAUACUAAAAGAGGGGAAAACUAUUUAAAAGAGUACUGUAUCACUUGUGUAUUCUCUUAUGAAAGAGUCAGAUAUAUAAGAGGAUUCAUAGGCUUUGUUUCCUCUUUUGUAAAGAUUAAGAAAUGUGUUAUGUAAAAAUUCAGAGACGUUAAAUAUUAGGUUAUUGCAAAUGAAAGGUCAGUGUUCUUUUUUUGCUGCUAUACAUCAUAUUUGAUGAGACGAUUUGCCUUGAAAAUGCGUAGUACCCCCUCCUCAAUGUAAGUUGUAACAUUACCUUAACAUGUUCUUACACUGCAGACAUCUAUAGCUUGUUCCCAGCUUACAUUACAUAUAUAUGCAUUCAUUUGGCAAACGCUUCUGUUCAAGACGACUUAGAAGGAGUGUCAGAAUCCUUAAACCGCCGAGCCACCACUGCACUGUGUUUCCUGAUGGUGUAUAGUCUUCGAUUGCACUGUAACAUGGAGAAUCUAUUUUUUUUGUCACGAUUAAUUAAUUAAUUUAACAAACAUUUUCCCCACCUUUAUUUUAUUUACAGCAACCACUGUGCCUUUGUUAUUUUACAUACAAUUAGAAACUAUUUGUUCACAUCGGUAAAGCUAAUUAGACAGUGACUAUGGUCUUGAACUUUUCCAUCUCUUCAGUCUGUUGAACUAGAGGACUAGAGGAUCAAAUGACAAUUUCCUUCUAGGUAUUUUGAAUUCAUGUGAUUUUUUUUUUUUUCUUUCUUUUUGCACUUGAUGCACUUGUAUACAGUGAGAUUGGGAAAAAAAGCUAGCUAAGUUAACUAGCUAGUUAGCUAUGUUAGCUCAUUAGCUAUACAGUGAGUCUCACAUUUGUUACAGUGAACCUAUGAGAGAUAAAGCAGGUCAACUAAUAUGUUCAAUACUGAAUUAUAAUUGUCCCAAAUGUCACUCAGAAAGUGAAUUUUAUUAAAGUACCAUGCUGUUUUUUUUUUUUUUGCUGCUUUAGAGGUAAUACAUAGCUGAAGUCCUGUGCAAUGGUGGAUUAGGUUGUUCUUCUGCAGGCUUCUCCAUCUAGGCCAGUGCAUCACUCAAAGAGCUCAUUUAAGCCAGUAUUUCUUCUUUUCUGUCUCUUGGAUUUUGAGAUUUUUUUCAAUACUUGUCACAACACUGCCAGGUUAAACCCAGGGAAACAUUAGAUUUAAGUGGCAGCUUUUUGUGACAGAACUAGAAACACAACAAUAUGUAGCUACUGAAUCUAAAAAAAAAAAAAAAAAAAAAAAAAUUCAACAUAACACAAAAUCAAGCAAGCGAUCAAUGGUAUACGUGUACAUGAAGUACAUGCAUGGCGAGAUAGCAGAAAGGAAAGACUAGGGGAUGGGGGUCCUGUACUUCUAUUUUGAAAUGUAUGUCAUGCCAUAUGAAUUAUUUAUAUAAAAAAAAGUUUUAUUUUUGUAGUUUGUACAGAUGUUAGUCACUAGACUGAUGCUAUAUUUUUAAAGAGUAAAUAUAUUACAAAUGCAAAUAUAUAUAUAAUAUCUAUUUGUUGCUUUUGUUUGGGGGGGGGGGGGGUGUAAAAUUGGUUGAAGUGGAGGUUUUCACUUUUUUAUUUGCGGUUAGAUGAAAAGACAUUUUGUAUGGAAAAUGAAGGAGGGGUGUGUGGUUGUCGCCAUCCACUUUGUGUAGAUGUCCUUGCCUUUCUUCUUCGUUUUAAAGAUUUGAACAAUAUCUAUUUGUUGUCUAAAACACUGACUUCAGAAACCCAUGUGCAAGAAAAAAAAACAAAAAACACACAACCUCUGUGUGACCAUCAUUUCCUGUCACCCUUAAUAAGAAUACAACUAACAAAAUAAAUGUUUAAAAAACUCAAA